CUGAAGCAGCUUGUGGGCUUUCCUACAACUCACUGCCGACUGUGUUUUAACCGGCUGGCUGCCAUAUCGUAUUCCACACUCGGGUUAGGCAGCCAAAGGUACAUAACGCCAGAGAGAGAGAGAGAGAGAGAUGGGUACCAGAGUUGAUUCAGAAGUGCCUUAUUUCUAGCUGCUUUUAGCUCUUCCUCGGCAAGUCACUGGAAGGUGAGUGGAGUAAUGCUUCCACACACAGAAGUUAGAUGUUCUAAGGCAUCGAUGAACUGGGCGUAUUAAAGACCCAUGGCAAAGUGGUUGAAAGAUUACCUGAGUUUCGGCAGCAGGAAAGGACCUCCGCAGCCACCCAAGCCAGACUACACAGAGAGCGAGAUACUUCGGGCCUACCGUGCCCAGAAAGAACUGGACUUUGAGGACCCGUACGAACCCUCAGAUAACCGGGCACAGAACGGUCAGGGCACUGCUGAUCCCUUUCCUGCAUUUGGGACAGUUCUGCCCAACGGCGUGGAGGUCAAGAUUGUGUCUCCUAAGCACAGACUGAUAAAAGUGGAAUCUCAAGAAUUUGGGCGCUGCAAGAUCCCAUUGAGCAUUGUGUCCUUUGAGGAGCCCCAUGCCCCUGUGGUUCCGUCUGCUCCAGCAGUGGGGGACACGGAUUACUCUGAUCCAUUUGACGCUCGUCCAGACCCGCGGGCCCGGCCUAGCUGGGAUCACAGCUCUAUAGAGAACAGCAGCAGCUACAUGGAGCCCUUUGAAGCCCAGAGAGUCAUUACUGAGCUGCAGCACAGUUCAGAGCGCGGCCGCUCUGGCUCUCGAGGCAGCCCUCAGCUGUAUGACAGUCCAUACGAGGAGCGGAGCCGCCGCCGGGCAGCCCCCCAAGACGAUGAAAGAGAGAGCCGAUUGCCCCAGGAUGAUGAAAGGCCAGCGGACGAGUACGACCAACCCUGGGAGUGGAAGAAGGAGAACAUCUCCAAAGCCUUUGCUGUUCAGUUUGAUGGUGGUGACUGGGACCGGUCCACGUUGCCACACGUGGAGCAGCAGAGGAGAGCCGGACCCUCUAGAACCAGCCCUCCUUCCAGCAAGGCCACCAGCCUGCGCAAACCAGGAGACCCCCACACCAUUCUUGGAGAGAGAGUGGAUCCUACCCUACCACUGGAACAACAAGUGUGGUACCACGGCGCACUGACACGUUCUGAAGCAGAGACUCUGCUGACGCUGUGCAAAGAGUGCAGUUACCUGGUGAGGAAUAGUCAGACCAGCAGAAACGACUACUCCCUCUCCCUCAGGAGCUGCCAUGGCUUCAUGCAUAUGAAGUUUUCUCUGUCUCGUGAUGGGAAGUACAUCCUUGGUGAGAACAGUCCUCCCUUUGACACAAUUCCAGAAGUCAUCCACUACUACACUACCCACAAGCUGCCCGUCCGUGGUGCAGAACACCUCUCCCUGCUCUUCCCUGUGGUGGUCCAGACACUCUGAGAAAACACACUGACCUACACAUGCGCACACACACACAGGCCUGGACUCCUGCUUGCUUACACACAGAUAAAUAUGCACACUCAGGGCCUGAUUUGGAUCUACUUGCAGUAGCGCUUUGUACUUGAUGACAAGUUUACUUUGUGUGGAUUUGUGUUAAUAGCCACCACUGAUCUUUCAGUAUUUGGUUUGAAUCGGAUUUGAAUGAUUUGGAGUGCCGUUGCCAUUUUGAUUGCGAAUAUUGUGGCUAAUGGUGCUGUAGGUUAUUUUAAAGCUUUUUUGAAACUACAUGAAGCCACAAGUUUACAGUGGCUUUGCACCGAAAUUUCAGCCACCAAAAAUGAUCAAAAAGAGCAUUUUCGAUUUUCGACCAUAAGAGAAAAAGAGCCCGAAAAAUUUGAUUGGGAGAAAAAACUAGGCCUAGAUAUGGAUUAUAUAGUAAAAAUGAGAAAUAGCGAUUAACAAAGCUGUGCUUCAAAACACAGCAUCCUGCUUGAUAUAGGCAGAAUGUAGCAUAUGUGGCCUACUCACUGUAAUCAUUUUAGCAAGUUUAUUCUGUGGAGACUGUUUUAUUUAUUCUCUGUUUUCAGCCAAGAAUUUUCAUUUCGGUGCAUCACUACCUUUGACACCACAUGACUUGCACAAAAUGCUAUGAAAUGACAGUGUGUUGCUUUCACUUGCACUCAGUUUUCAGUUGAACUUGCAUAUCUUUGGAACACGAGCUAGACUAGUAGAAGAGGGCUUUGUGCUACAAGAAGACUCACCAUAUGAGUCAAAUAUGGACCCUUUAGUCUCUGCCGGGUUGUAUGGGAAAUGCCUUCACUAUCCUGGCACAUUCAUAUCAGUAAUGUUGCUCUACUUCUAGCUGUAGAUCAUUGUACUGUACUUAUAGGAUAUAUGCUUUAGUCAAAAAGUGGACCUGCCAAAGUAUAAAGAAGAUGUGUUAACAAUUAGAGAAGACAAAGAUAUAUUGUAAGUAUAGCCAGUAGCUUAAUAAUGUUUGAAUGCCUUUUUUGCUAGCAGUUAGAGUUUUUGGAGUGGUUACAGCUACAGAUAAUAUAUACUGCUGUGGAAGGAAUGCUCCAGUGUUUUGCAGCCUUAUGUCUACCUGAAACAUAUGUAGUCAGUCGUCACAGAUUUAAAUCUAAUUUAAAAAUGCCAAUUUGCUUCUGUUCUAAGUGGAUUUUGAGGAAAUAGGCUCUCGGUUCUUUAACAAUACAUGGAAACUUGUCAAAAUCAUUGUCCAUGGUACGACAUAGGUACACCAAAUAGAAGUUAGGUUUGAAAAACACUGGAGUAUCUUAAGGAAAUUGGGCAACGCUGAUGGAAUGUGCAGAAUUUCUUCCCCUGGAGCAGCUGACCAGCCCAAAAGCAGUGACUCAGACAAGAGUCUGGCAAGUAAGAGGUGAAAACAGGAAGAGAAAGCCCUCGCCUCUCCAGAGCCAAGCUCUUUCCACUUGGCCACCGUCUCCUCUCUGCCCCAGCAACUUCAAAUCUCUCUGGCAGGAGAGAGGAAGCCACCCUUUCCAAAAGGCUGCACUUCACCGGAAAAAAAAUUGGCCUUGCACUGCUUUGUUCAAAACUACUGAACUCUCGAGCACACUUUGAACACUUUUCUCUGUUUGUGAUUAUAGGGUUUGUGUGCAUUAGUUGAACUUCUUUGUAUAUAGAAGCAAUAGAGACAUUUUUGGGGCGGGUAAGGAUGGGAAUAAAUAAAUAUACAAAUGCUGUAUAUCCUUAUUAUGAGAACCGCAACCACGUUCACUUUCUUCUUAGGAGAGAUUUAACAUCACCACAGUUUAUUUUGUUUUGUAUAGGUAGAAGCUUUAGAUUUAGAUUAGGUUUUAAGCCCCCAGGAAUGGCCAAAACAACUUUACUAACGGUGGAGCUGUAAGGAGCAAAAUACUCAUCAUAUUUUUUCAUGAAGGCAUAUAAAUUAAAUACCUUGGGUUUUUUGAGCACGUCUACAGUGAAGCAGAGCCAUGCAUGGUCUUAUCUCAGUGUAUUAGAAAGACUCUCAGUUCAGCGACUUUUACCUCUAUUAGCUGUGCACUCCUGAAGAUAUGGUUGACCUAAGUGACCCAUGGUUAAUAGAGACGCUUGCCUUGUCCAAUCUGAAAUCUCAAUUGCUCUGAAACAGCAAAUCCUACCAGCCCUCACAGCUGCAGAGUAAAGCUAUCACACCCAUAGCACACGCUAAUAGUACUGCAAGACCUAGCUUACUCUGUUGCAGAGUGUAAUGUUAGAGAACUACACUGUAGUCUUGAAUUAUGACUAAUUUGACUGACUUUCUGUACUGUUGUUUUUAAAUGUUUCAUUUCCUUGAAAUAAAGUAUGCUCUUUUCUUAAAAAAAACAUAAUUAAUAAAUAAAUAAAUAAAUAAAUAA